GAUUUUAUUACAAAUAGGAAAAUAGUGUGUUGAUCCAAACAAAGAGGAAAUUCUUACACAUUCACAACAAGAUUAAGGUGUCUGUCGUUCAGUAAUGUUUUUCCCAGUUUUUUCCCAUAUUUUUUUGGGGGGAAUAUUCCAAGCAGCUUCUUUAGGGUUGUCAGGGGUAGUUUGAAUGUGGUGUGUAUCUUAUUUCAGUUUGAAACCCAACCAUAGGUGUUAGCUGGAUGGAUGUUUCAUCAAGAUAUUCAUGCCAAAUGUGUUCAUACGACGCUGUGACAUUAUAUUUUUUUUAGCUGGAUGUGAAACAUUUCACAUAUGGCUAGUUGCUGUAUCUGUUAGAUGAUGGUAAAUAUGUGAAACACUGCUUCUAAUAUUGCUGUAUAUGUUAUUAAUGCACCCAGAAAAAAAUGAGUUCUAGUUAAGCCUUAAUCAUAUUAUGGGACAAUAGGAACACUCAUGCAGACUGUAAUCUCUUGUUUUUUUGUUUUCGUCCCAUGUUGUGAUCUCUACUCUCCCUUCACAGGGCUCUCCAGCAGGGGGCACAGUGAGAUUUGAUGCAGCCCCUGGUAAGUCUGUAUGCAUCCCUGCAUAUCAUUGUGAUUUUAGAUAGUAUGUAAAAGGCUUGCUGGUGUUGGUUAAGUACUGGGUAAAAACAUAUAAACUAGAAAUGCCCACUGGUCUCUUGAAUAGUUCUUUUGUAGAUUGAUGCUUGCUUAGUAUUGACAAUGAUAUUGUGGUAAAUUUUCACUAGUAACCCCAAUGGAAAAAUUGUUUUUUCCAAACUUUGAAAGGAAACCGAGGACAGGUAUUGCUAUUACAGCUUCCCUGGAAAAGUUGUGGAGUCAUACCAGUGGCAUGUAAGCUUUUACCAGUCUGAUGAAAAGUGCAGAACCUUAAUCACUAAGCUAUCGUGAUCCCUCAGUUUCACAAAUUGUGAUGAUACUAUGGCACAUAGCGGAGUAUAAAGGCGCAUUAACUUUGGGUUAGGGCCUAGGUUAGUCUCAGCCUCAGAUGCUCUGUCCAUGGGAUACAGAUCAUCUUUUGUACACUUUUCUGGCCACAACCUACAGAAUUUACAAGUUGCGAACUGAUUGAAUCUCUGUUAUUAUAUAUGCGCAUUUACUUGCACUGGUUUUCAGUGAGAAAAUAAACAUUUGAACACUGUAACCCAAUGAGAGUUUCAGAGCAGGAUAUAGUCACUGUGCUCAAAGUUCACAUUCCAUCUAAGUGUUUUGAAGCACUCAGUUGUCAGGUGAUCAUUACGUCAGUCAGAUGGCCUCUUUUUAAAGGUAGGUGUCAUUUUAGACAAUCUAGUGAAUGCUAGAUUGAAUCUAGUGAGUCCUGACUUGUGAGACUGGGGUCUAGGUUAACUUUAGUAUCAAGAAAAAAAAACAUCUUCUUGCUUUAUAUUUACAGAUCCAGAAUUAACAGAUUGCAUCUGAAAAUGUAAAAUUGUUCCGCUACAGAAACUGAAGAACCCGUCAGUGGUUUGGUAUUAUUGACAAAUGAGUUUCUCCUGUAUUGAUAAUGCACAUACAAUAUUUAAGAAACAAGUAUUUAUGAUGUAUUAAUAAAGUAAAAACUCUAUAAUAGAGUAAAAACUCUAUAAAAUGCUUAAUAAUUAUUAUGUGUCUGACAAACAGUACCAUCCCAGCCACAUCUUCCAGUUCUCCCUAAAUAGUUAUUUAUAUACACAUAUACACAUUGUGUUGGAACAGCAGCAUUGUGAUACACCCAUAUUUUCCGGCUGACGGUUGAUUUCUUGUGUGUGAACAAACACACAUUGACACUCUCUGUGCUCCCCCGUUGGACUACUGUAUUGUUGAGUCUGUCUUUGUCUCAUUUCCUCUUGCUGUUUCCUUUACCUCAUGCAUCUCUGCUCACUCACUCUUCUUCCCAUGCACAUAAAAACAAAACCAAAUAAGCAUUUUAGGGUUUUUACUAUUGUUCGUCCUUGCCUUCAGGACUUCAGUCUGCAGAGAUAUGUAAGAGGGAGCGCAAACAUCAUUUCUUAUCCUAUCCUGUACUGUGAAGAACAUUUUCUAUUUCGUAACUCAUAGUAGUAAGCCUAGGGGAAUUUGAAGAAGACACACCUUAAAGUGCCAGUGUCAUGUCAGUAAUAAUGUCAUGGGUGUGAAUCAAGAACAAUGUUUAAUGCCAGGGAACUUCCUCACAUUCAGUAGACCUGAUAUAUAUGUUCCUGUAUAUAUGUACUCAAACAGGGUCUCAACUAUGUAUUUUAACGUCCUGCUAGGUGUCCCAUGUCACAAAAGGUAAUAUCCUGAUCCAUUCAGGCAAUAACAAAAACUCUCCAUUUUGCCUUCUUCCUACUCUCAUAUACUGUACAUUUACUGCUACAUAUCCAUUUGAUAUUCAAACCCACCUGACAGAAAAAAAAUACCACACAGCACAAUAUUAUUCCUGAAUACAAUGAGCUAUCUCAAUGUUCUCACUUAUUGCUCACACGUUGUUUUUUUUUUUUUUUUUUUGUAACUGGCAGCACGUCCACUCAUUGCCAGUCCACGCAGUGUCUCUGCAGUGCGGAUCACUCCUCUGAGGACCAUGAAGAGCUCUCCAGAUCUGAUGCCCACUGAGUUGGAUCCAACACGUGUGUGUAAGGGGAAGGGGGCUGUUACUCUGAAAGCCACAGUAGUGCACGUCGAUGAUGGAGACUGUAUCACCCAGGAACGGCUUGUGAGUCCAGCCAAGAGUGAAUGCCACCGAGCGGUCAAUGGAGAUGCCACAGAAACGAAUUUGGCAGAGAAAAGGCUAAAUAGCCCUGGAGCUGAUUUAAAUUCAGAGCAAGUCAGUAAGGCUACAACACAGGUCGAUUGUCCUAUAAGCAUAGAUCAGAGUGGACUCCCAUCAUCAACCACUGUGCCAUCUGUGUGUGCACCAAACAGCAGUGUAUACCCAACUAUUGUUCUGUUGCAGCAUGGCACAGAUGCUGUAGAGCAGCAGGACAGAGUGUGUGAUCAGGGCUCCACCGAGACUCAGUUCUGUCCUCUACCUGAAGAUCCUCAAAGAUCCUCUACACAGAUGGAGGGCAGGAGAAUGAUGAUUACUGUUCACCCAGCAUCCCCUGUGCCGCUGGAGAAGCCCCGAGUCCCAGUACGGAACACAGAGAAGUCCAAGGACUGGUACAAGAACAUGUUCAAACAAAUCCACAGAAUUCCAGAAACUGUUGAGGAAAAUCCAUACCGUCCCACCUACAUAUUCCCCGAGAGCUAUGACAGGCCACUGAAAACCAGAGAUGACAGCUCUUCACAUAUGGAUGAUUAUGGGCGAAGUGUUCCUCGGUCUAAAAGCGCUGUAGACAUGGCCAGCUCACAGUCAAGGCGAAGAGUCUCUAUGCCAACUCGAGCGUCUUCCCUACUACCAGAAAGAAAUGAGUGGGAGCCCCCUGACAAGAAGGUGGACACCAGGAAGUAUCGUGCUGAACCCAGGAGCAUCUUCGACUAUGAGCCGGGGAAGUCGUCUGUGCUGAGGGCGGAGAGGCCGGACUUAACCCCUGAAGAUGUAGAUUUAGAGAAUGAACCAUGGUAUAGAUUCUAUUCAGAGAUGGAGUUUGGCAAAACGAGUGCCCCCUCUUUCACUCCCUUGGAAACAGCCUCCGACCUGCAGCAAUACCCGGCGUGUAAACCGGGCCCCAGUGUGGCGGGGAAGGAGAGCGGCUCGGCUGGUGCUGAGCACGCAGCUCCAGAAUGCGAUCGGCACAUUUACAAAAGUGUCCUGGAGGGCGGCGACAUCCCACUACAAGGCCUGCGAGCACUUAACAAACGUCAUCCCAGUACUUCUUCUAAAGACUCAGAAUCCUCACAGCCAUUAAGCCAAGGAGAUCAAGGAGAAAACCCAGAUGAGGUGGCCCGCAGACGCUACGGGGACAAAGAGAAAAUUCUAGAGGAGCAGAGACGUUUGAAGCGGGAACAAGAGGAGGCGGACAUCGCAUCACGGCGGCAUGCAGGCCUAGUCCUCACGCAUCAGCAGUUCAUCACCAAUGAGCGCUUUGGGGACUUGCUCACCAUCAGUGACUCUGAGAAAAGGAAGUCCGGCCCAGAGAGGACACCUGCCCUGGCCCUGUUUAACUUUAAAGCGGAGACUUUAAAGGAGCUGCCAUUUCAAAAAGGAGACAUUGUGUACAUCUUUCGGCAGGUGGACCAAAACUGGUAUGAAGGAGAGCAUCAUGGUAGAGUUGGCAUUUUCCCACGCAACUAUGUUGAGCUACUGCCCCCGACAGAAAAAGCCCAGCCCAAAAAGAGUGCUCCAGUUCAAGUGCUGGAGUAUGGAGAGGCCAUCGCACGCUUUAAUUUCACUGGGGACACAGCUGUCGAGAUGUCGUUCAGAAAGGGAGAGAGGAUAACACUCAUUCGUAGGGUGGAUGAAAAUUGGUAUGAAGGAAAGAUUUCAGGCACCAACCGACAAGGCAUCUUCCCAGUCACUUACGUGGAUGUGCACAAAAAGCCUCGUGUUAAAAAUGGAGUGGACUACCCUGAUCCUCCCCUUAGCCAAUCACCCCAUCGCAGCACAAACGCCUCCCCACAGCCUUUGAAGAAUGAAGGAGAUUACCAUGGGAGAUCCUCGAGAAGUCCGGUCAUGUUAUUUGACAUCCAGGACAACAACAUGAACGCCAACUCAUUCACGCAACCCCAGUCCCAAAGCAGCAGCCCUGAACCUGGACGUCUAAGCUGCGGCAUAUUCCAGGCUCUGUACAGCUAUGUGCCACAGAAUGACGAUGAGCUAGAGCUGCAGGAGGGAGACCUUGUGAACGUCAUGGAGAAAUGCGAUGACGGCUGGUUCGUGGGUACAUCUAAGAGGACAAAACAGUUCGGCACCUUCCCAGGGAACUACGUGAAGGCCGUUAACUUGUAAUAUGUGAAAAUGUCUGGUCUGUAUGUAGAGAUUCUAACACUAUGUUAAUAGCGGUCUGUGUGGGACACUGUUACUGAUGAGCUCAAGUGUUUGGAUUCCCCCCCCCCUUUUUUUUUCCCCCCGUCAGUGUUGUAUCUUGCCCAGGUGAAUGUCCAGGUAUGUGAUUGGUAAAGUUUGUAGCAUGUUAGCAAGAAUUUUGUAGUAAAACUACAAGGAUCAGCUUGUCAGCUUUCACACAUUG